AUGAAUCCACAAACUCAACACAUUGAAGAUAUUUAUGCGAAAUUAGUGCAGCUGCAAAUCAAACCUUUGAUCUCACUCAAUAAAAGUUUGUCAGUCAUCGAUUACAAUCACAUCCUCAACAAUUCAACGGUAGAAGAAGACAAAUUCCAUUUAAUCUCGCUGUCAAUGUUGAGGAUUGUUUGUGAGGACCCUCUUCGAAUAAAGUAUAAAGCUGAAUUGAAACCACGAUGCUUCAAGACACAAACAAAAAAACAUCAACGUGAAGGUUGUGAAAUCAAAAAGCUUCAUUUCCUCGGACAAAGUCAAGCAACUGGAACUAAUAGCACCUCGUCCACCAAAUUGUUUCAGUCGAAGACCAAGCAACAUAACAGCAAAUUUUGCCGCAAAGAAAAUGAAAAACAUUUCCAAAAAAGUGGCUCCAGCAUGACUGAACAAUCAUUUUACUUUCAAAAACAAAGAACACAAAAAGUUUUUCGUACAAAGUUUAGUAAAAUUUUAGAAGCUUUAAAUAAACAAAAGAAAGAUUCUUUCAAAUCUAAUCAGUAA